AUGGCAGCAGAUUUUCCGCAGAAGCUAGAAAUGUCCUUCGACCAAGACGACUGGGAGAAGCUGGGCAUCACUCCUUGGUUUUCGUACAAAGUUCGACUGCCUCUCCGGCCACUGCCGCCCAUCUCUGCCCGACCAGUGAUCCGAACAAAACGGCUCAUCAUACGGCCGAUCCUGCCGUCUGACCUGGAAGCAUUCUACGAGCUCCGGCGGAUCCCCGAGACGCAGAUGCAUUCCACGUCACGGGGCCGACCAGACCGGAGCCUGGACGAGACGCGGCAGAGUAUCGCACGCCUUCAGGCGCCGUACGACGAGCGACAUUGGUACUUUGGGGCGUUCCUGGCAUCUACAGGGGAGCUCAUAGGCGAGGGCGGCCUCCCAGACACCGAGCACCAGCCUGUCUCGGGGUGGACCAGGUGCGAGGUCCUGAUCAAGCCGGCAUACUGGAGACAGGGCUAUGGAACCGAGUUCUUCAAGACCGUCCUGGACUCGUGGUGGAGCCUGCCCCGAAAGCUCAGGAGACACCAGCUCUUACCCUUCUGCAUCGGGAACCAAGAGCCUGGCACCGUGGUGGCGGAGCGCCUCGAGCUGAUCUGGGAGGCCAGCAACACGGCCGCCUGCAACUUCUUCCCCAAAGCCCUCAGCCAGGCACCGGUGUCGCAUGAGGGGUUCUUCACAAGCCUCGACUGGCGCGAGGGACGUGAGGGCGAGCUUGUCCGGUGGGCCGGGACAAUGGUGGUGAACCCGCUACGGAGAGAGCCCAAUUCCGACUCGGAGGAUUGCGACUCGGAGGAUUCGGACUCCAAGGAUCCCAGCUCUAAUGAUGACGAUUCAGGUGCGGAAUAGCCGGAAAUUACAAAGUCAUUCUGUAAUCGGUAUGUGUAUAUGUCUUAAAAAACUUUGUGUUAUAUUAUUAUUGUUAUCAUUGUUACAUCUUUAACCGCUGGAGCGGCAGCAUUUUUGGUCAUUUGGGAGGGAGGGGGAAGUUGAACGGACCACAAAUAUUACAGAAUCCGGUGCAUAAACUGCCGCGGCUCCCGAAAGAGAAUAUACCCUAUACGGCACAUGGCCUGGACCCCUGCCUUUUUAUUUUAUUUUAUUUUAUUUUAUUUUUAGGAAAAGGUACGAACUAUAGAAUUCCGCCCUGCAUAGGAACACUAUGUACAUAGGCAACACUUCCCAGAGCCCCGCAAUCAUGUACCAUACUAGGAAUAUCGACUGGCCUGCCCCCCACAUGCCUUGGAGAGGAAAGAAAGAGAAGUAGGGAGGGGGUGAGAAGGAGGCUUGCUGUAUAUAGGCACAUAGUACCUGGCCAUCCAAGUACUCAAGUACGUAAGUAAACCAGAGUAGUAACAAAACAAUAUACGCCUACAACU